AUGGGAAUAAGUUGGGUGCUUGAAGUUGAUCAAAGUGUAAAAUCCGUGGAAAGAUUGCUAGAAACAAAUGGAGCUGAAAAAAUCGGACCGUUCACAGUUGACGUAACUCCAUAUAUUCCAACAGCUCAACAUUCGAUCGAUAUUCCUCAAAAUUAUGUGGUUCAUCACACCAAAUUUCCACAAACCACAUUCUCGAUAAGUAGGUGGUUUUUUUUGAAGUUUUAUUGUUAGAAAAAUAGAAAUAAUCUUGCAGUUCCUGGAGAAAAUUUCAAAAAAUCGCCGAAAGCCGUUUGCGACCGUGGAUUCGAUUUGAUUUUAAGUAAAAUGAGGAAUGGAACAACACCGGAUUUACAUGGAAAAAUCGAAAUAAGUGGCGGUGAAUAUCGAUUGGAGGAUUUUGUGGUUCGAGUUGGAACGGCGGUUCAGGGAACAACGGUCAAGGGAAUUGUGGUAGAGGUGGAUUUUGAGCCAUGUGCUGUUGUGGCACAAUGUAAGGAACUGAUGACCGAGUUUAUUAAGACCAUUUUUGCGAAAUAUGUGAGUUGUAGAAUUUUUCUUCAUCAAUUUUACAGAAUUCCUAAUUUCAGGCCGACAAUCGUCCGGAUAUUUUUAAUUCAAACGAGGGUCCGCAAAAUUACACACCUCUUGAUACAAUGUGGCAAUACGUGACAAUUGUGAGCAAAUUACGAAAAAAGACUUGA